GGCAGCAGACAACAGUGAAUGGUGAGGAGGGGCCAUCAGACCCUGCUGCUACCCCUGGAAUGGAGCCCCAGGGAGCCCCUGCACUAACCUACCUUGGCUAGACUCACAGCUGCCUCCAGAAACGGAAGCAAAGGAUCGCCAGGCAACCUCGCUCCUUGGACCUCAAUAGACACCAAAGGAACCAGGCCCAUCCCACCAGGACCAUGGUUGGACUUCAGCCAUCAGAAGUGCCUCCCACAACAGUUGUGAAGUUCCUGGGGGCCGGUACGGCCGCCUGUUUCGCUGACCUCCUCACCUUCCCCCUGGACACCGCCAAGGUCCGCCUGCAGAUCCAGGGGGAGAACCCAGGGGCUCAGAGCGUGCAGUACCGUGGCGUGCUGGGUACCAUCCUGACCAUGGUGCGCACCGAGGGUCUCCGCAGCCCCUACAGCGGACUGGUUGCUGGCCUGCAUCGCCAGAUGAGCUUUGCCUCCAUUCGAAUCGGCCUCUACGACUCUGUCAAACAGUUCUACACCCCCAAAGGAGCGGAACACUCCAGCAUCGCCAUCAGGAUUCUGGCAGGCUGCACCACGGGAGCCAUGGCAGUGACCUGUGCCCAACCUACGGAUGUGGUGAAGGUCCGAUUUCAAGCCAUGAUACGCCUGGGAACUGGAGGCGAGAGGAAAUACAGAGGAACUAUGGAUGCCUACCGAACCAUCGCCAGGGAGGAAGGAGUCAGGGGCCUGUGGAAAGGGACAUGGCCCAACAUCACGAGAAACGCCAUUGUCAACUGUGCUGAGAUGGUGACCUAUGACAUCAUCAAGGAGAAGCUGCUGGACUCUCGCCUGUUCACUGACAACUUCCCCUGUCACUUCGUCUCUGCCUUUGGAGCUGGCUUUUGUGCCACAGUGGUGGCCUCUCCAGUGGACGUGGUAAAGACCAGAUACAUGAAUGCUCCCCCAGGCAGGUACCGCAGCCCUCUACACUGUAUGCUGAGGAUGGUGGCCCAGGAGGGCCCCACAGCCUUCUACAAAGGAUUUGUGCCCUCCUUUCUGCGUUUGGGAGCCUGGAACGUGAUGAUGUUUGUAACCUACGAGCAGCUGAAACGGGCCUUGAUGAAAAUCCAGAUAUUACGGGAAUCUCCAUUUUGAACACGGCAAGCGGGCUACUUGGUGCUUUCCUCAUAAAAGGCUGCCUAGAAGAGAAUAAAACCGCGGCUCUCUGCCAGAGGACCCGAUGGACCGAGUGGACCGAGCGGACCCGAUGGACCCAGAGGACCCAGCGGACCCAGCGGACCCAGGCCCACACACAUUACAGAACUCUGCGCUCAUUGCUGAUUCAAGAAACUGAACUAAAAGAGGAGGAAAGUUUUAGUCUUCCGUGUUUUGUCCUAAAACACCUUUGUUUUGCACUGACCUGAUGGGAAUUAAAUUAUAUUAAUUUUUAAAGCCCUUCCGGUUGGAUGCCUAACAUUUAGGCAAAAGAAAAUCCGAUUCCUUUGGACAAAAGGGAGGUUUGCCAACCCCCCAGAAAUGUAGGAUUAGACGAUGAAUAAGAAAGUGGAAAGGCUGCAAGCAUUGGGAAGAUCAGCCCACUGUGUAGUGGAAUCACCUCAAAUGCCCGAGGGACAUUUCAUCUUCAGCACAAAGCUAUGACUACAACCUUCACAGUCACCCGAGGACAUCUGCCCUUCUGUAAUGAGACCACCAAGUGGUCUCCAUUAAGAUUCUGGGAAAAAUGAGAAAGGAAAAAGAAAACAUUGGGCCCAUAUAAGCGGGUCCAGCUGGGCCCACCCGGGACACUGGAGGAUGGAGGAUGUACAGUGAGUAACAGUCCCUGCCUGUCUACCUCAGGGUGUUGGGAGGAUCGAAUGAGAGGCAGGGCCGGGAAGCACUUUAUAUGAACAAUGCCUGUCUACAAAUGUAAACACGAAGACACUGCUCUAGGAGAGAUUUUUUUUGUCCAGAGAGGAAGCCUGGCGAAAAUGCAGUUUAGCGGUGAGGCCAUGCACACCAGCAUGGUGAGGACCACGGAUGACCAAAGCCAUGGGAACCUGCUGCCUGGUAACGGCAAAGGGCUGUGGGUCAGGAGAAGAGGCACUACCUGUCCAUCAGUCCAAAGCAGCAGGACCCAGAAUCUUUAGGAAAUUGCUUUGACUCAAUUAACAGAAUCCCACCCUAAGGGAAGUAAGAACGGCUGCUUUCCGGCCUUCUCUCUCCGACAGAUUUUGUGUCAGGGUGGCCACAGACCCGGCUGGCUCCACUCGCCUGGACUUCCUUCUCUCUCACUGCCUUUGGCUGCAGAGACAAUGUACCCCCUCCACCUACAAGAGGGAGGGCUGAAGCACAGGACCAACUUACAAGCUGAAGACCGCACAUCCGGCAACGACACGGCUCCCUGGGUUCAAUCCCCAGGGCCCACGUGGUGGAUGGAAGGAGAGAACUGACUCUUCUAAGUUAUCAUCUGACCUCCACAGGCCGCUCAUACAGACAUGUGAAUGCAUACAUGGACAAACACAAUGAACAAAGGAAUACAUGGGGAAAGAAAGAAGAGUUUAACUGCAUUUGGUGGUUUGAAGGAGAUGUCCCCAAAUGUCCCAGGCAUUUGAAUACUUGGUCCCCCGUUGUUAGGGGCUGUUUGGGGACACUUAGAAGAUACGGCCUUGCUGGAAGAAGUGUGCCAUGGGGACUGGCUUUGGGAGUUCAGAGACUCAUGCCAUCCCAGUUUUUCUGUUUCCUGCUUUCAGUUUGGGAUGUGAGUUCUCAGUGGCUGCUCCAGCCACCGGGCCUGCUGCCAGAUCUCUCACCAAGACAGACUCUUUCUGGAACUGUCAGCCCCAAAUAAAACUGCCUUCUCUAAGUGGCCUUGGUCGUGGUGUUUCAUCACAGCAAUGGAGAAGCAACUCAGACAGUGCACAUCUGUCCAGCUGUGUCUUCCAGUGUCGUACAGUCUCGGCCUGCUUCUUAGGAGCUUGGUUGGCUCUGAUGGACGUCAGAAGGGGCUCCAGGCUGGAGAUGGAAUUCAUCGGCUGAGCACUUGUCUAGCAUGCAGAACCCUGAGGAUGACCCUCAGCACCCCAUAAACCAGACAUGGCGAUGCUCACCUGUGAUGCCAGCAGGCAGGAGGUAGAGAAAGGUGGAUCAGGAGUUCAAGGUCCAACCUUGGCUCCAUAGCAAGUUCAAGGUCACCCUGAGACACAUGAGACCUGGUCUGGAAAAGAAAAAAGAAAGAGCAGAACCAGUCAGUCUCCAAGCCUCAUCCUACCUCACUGUACUAGCCACCUAGCCACAGAGAGCCCUUGCUUUUCAGUGUCCUCCCAGAGAAAUGUCAGUGGAUUUCUGUAAGUUCAAGGCCAGCCUGAUCUACAGAGUGAGUUCCAGGACAGCCAGGACUGUUACACAGAGAAACCCUGGGAAAAAAACAAGAACAAAAAAAUUUAAAAAUACAGGAGAAGCUUGGCAAUGUCAUUUCUUCCUUCCUGCCCAGACUCAGCUCACUGAGAAAAACUGUACCUCAGCAUGCCCAAGUUUCAACAGUA